AAACACACACACACACACACACACACACAGGUCUGUGCACCGGGCGGCCUGAGGACUGAUAACAGCAGCAGCAGCCACCGAGGAGAGAAGUUCUGCCAGAGGAGCCACACUUCAUUUAUUUAUUAUUUAUUUAUUGUGCGGAAUAUUUAUUACGGUAACGUCCAAGAUGAACGGAGUGACGAGGAGCCUGUGCACGUUCGAGGACAUCAGGAAUCAGGAGCAGGAGGAGGGGUGCAGGCGACUGCGGCUCACGCUGCUCAACCAGAACCAGGCAGCUCGGAGCAAGGAGCAGUACAGGGACAAGCCAGUCGGACGGGCGUUCGCGCUGGUGCAGCCGGCCAGCGACAGGACAUCUCUGACCCCCGAACCAGUUAAGUCUACGGAGGAGCAGGUGGAGGUGAUCAAGGUUUAUCUGGAGGCGCGCAAGCAAGAGCAGCACAAACACCAGCAGAGCCUGAAGAUGCUGUCAGACGAAGUUUCACAGAUACAGGAGGUGAGGUAUUGCCUGAAGACACUGAGGGAGCAGAUGGCAGCCAAAAACAAGCCGCUCACAAACGGGUGGAAAGUCAGUGUCCCCUUCAGAAAGAGCAGCUCAUCUGCACCCAAGGCAGGAGCCAAAACUGACGCACAGGAAGCAGAGGAAGAGGCAGAGAGAAUCAAGCUGAGGGAGGUCAGUAAGCGCUUGUAUGCACAGAUGCAGGAAGCAGAGAAGAAACACCAGGAGGAGCGAGAGAGGCUGCAGGCUGAAGGCAGCAGGCUGAAGGAGCAUCUGAGUGAGCAGGAGGAGAAGCUGAGGAUGGCAGAAGAGGGCAGCGAGAGGAAAGACCGGCGCAUCGAGGAGCUCCAGAGGUUGCUGGGAGGGAUGGAGCAGGAGAGCGCCAGCCUGCGCGAGUCGAUCCGCAACCGCGAGGAGGAACUCCGCGAGCUGCGCAAGAUCAGAGAGGAGGGCCAGAAAGGGGACCAGAGGACUGAGCAGUUGGAGAAGGAGGUGGCUAUUCUCAAAGAAAAGAUCCACCAUCUGGACGACAUGCUGAAGAGCCAGCAGAGGAAAGUCAGGCACAUGAUUGAACAGCUCCAGAACUCUCGCAUGGUGAUCCAGGAGAGGGACCGCGUGAUCAAGGAGCUGGAGGAGAAAGUGGCGUUCUUGGAGGCUGAGAACCGAGAGAUGCAUGAUCAGAUGGAUUACUUCCUGGGAGGACAAAGGUCAAAUUCCUACCUUUCAUCAGAGCGCAACCCCCAGAUCGUCUACAGUAAGCCACUCAAGCCCUCCACCACAUCCAACAAACCCCUCCCUUACAUCAAAGUCAUCGAGAUCAAGUCAUGAAGCGGCCAUGCGGGGGGGCGGAGAGUUACUGACGAGAGGGCGUCAGAACCACCAAACCUUUUCAAUGCAGACUGAAGACAAACACCGAAUGUGACGGCGUGGAUAUUUCGGACGUGAGAGCUGAGCUUCCUGCAGCAACACUUCUACUAACACGUGUGAACCACAAACACUCUUGAAGGAAUCUGUGUGGUGUUUUGCGGCACACACACAAACACAUACACACUCUGAUGCUUGCGGUGUGUCAGCUUUAGUGUCAAUAUAUAAAGUGUACGGAUUCAGCCGAUUUGAAGUUUUACAUGUAUGAUACUGUACGCGAGCAUUUCCUCGUCCUGCCCUGUUUUGAUUGCUUUGCUAUCCUUUGAGUUUAUGACAGUGACGUUGUUGUUGUUGUCAAAGCAGAACAGUAGAACAGAGAGCAGGAAGUGGGUCAUGACAUUAUGAAGUCUGUGUACAGCAAUGUAGCAAAAAAAGACGACUAAGCUGAAAGUUUGAUGUAAAAAUCGCUAACCAGAUGAGCUGCGUCCGUCUACUCAUCCAAGACUCUGUUCACUCUGCUGAGUGAAUGACGCUUUAAACAUGUAAAUACUGACUGCAGCCUGUUUAAGGUCAACAUCACACGAUGAAAAUCGUUUUUUAUAAAUUAAAAGAAAAGUUUUGUAGGCCCCAAACAACAACAUGGCACUUAGUGAAACUGUGAGGGAGUGAAAAUGUCAGCGGUGAUGAAGAUAGUUGACAUGACUGCUUCACAUAAGUGUCUUUAUUCUUCAUGUUUCUUGUAAAUCAUUUCAGUUCCUUGUCAGUGUAUACAGUCACCUUGUUUUUGUACAUAAUAUUAAUGAAUGUGAUUCGAUGUUUCAAUUUCUAACGGCUCUCUUCUUUGUAUUUAUUUAUAUACACAGACUGUGUGAUAGAUUUUUUAUUAAGUAAUUUCUGAUCUAUUAUCUGUUUGUGGUUCUCUGAAUAAAUUACGAAAAACUAACGCGA